CUCUGCACUCAGGAAUUACUCCUGGCGGGAUUCAGGGGACCCUAUGGGAUGCCGUGGAUCGAACCCGGGUCGGCCGCGUGCAUGGCAAAAGCCCUACCCGCUGUGCUAUCGCUCCGGGCCCCCUAACCCCACCUCAACUCGCAACCCUCCGGGCUGUUUUUCAAGGUCUCUGAGAGGGUGGGGGGCACUAUUGAAAGCGGAAACCCGCUGCAGAUUUGGACGCAGGAGCUCCGGCCGGGGGGUGGGGGCUGAGGGUCUUCCUUUCUCCUUCCACAGUCAACAAUAAGGACGAGGGCGCCCUGGCGGUCCACCCACUGAAACUUGGCGCCCCAUAAUUUCCGCUUCGUAAGCCUUUUGCUUAUUACAAGGGAGGACUUGCCUCGUGUACAGCUCGGCGUGGCACACCCUGUGGAGUUUCGGUGGUGCUGGGGUCGAGGGUUUUGGAAUCCGAAGCAUCCCAAGCGGAAAAUCCUAGGAGGGCUGCGUGGAGGAAGCGCCUCCAAAGCUGCUUGAUGGCUCUUUCGGCCAGCUGCUAGUCAGGUCUGGAGUAUAGCAAGACCUGUGGAACGGACCAUUAGAGGGUUACUACUUUGACACCCCUCUCGCCGAAAUUCAAAGGGAAGAGCCGCUGAUGUCCCAGUAAUGUCUCCAUCGCAAAGAUUUCUGAAAGACACGAAGAAUGCCAGCAGAAUAGAAGUCAGGAGCUCUGCCUGUUGAUUGACGCAUGGACUUGCAUCCUGAGCGCCCCUGGACGUGACAGCCGUCAGUGAGCCAUGACUGCUGAGGUCAUCCACCAAGUGGAGGAGGCCCUUGACGAUGAGGAUAAGGAGGUGAUGCUUUUCUUAUGCCGCGAUGUUGCUGCGGAUGUAGCUCCACCUGAUGUCAAAAAUCUUUUGGAUAUUUUGAGUGAGAGAGGGAAGCUGUCUGAUGUGGACUUGGCAGAGCUGCUCUACAGAGUGAGGCGGAUUGACCUGAUCAAGAGGAUCUUGAAGAUGGACAGGAAAGCAGUGGAAGACCACCUGACUGUGCACCCUCCCCUUGUUUCCGACUAUAGGGUGCUAAUGAGUGAGAUUGGCGAGUGUUUGGACAACUCUGAUGUAUCCUCAUUAAUUUUCCUCCUGAAGGACCAUCUGUGCCGAGGCAAGAUGUCCAACAAGAAGAGUUUCUUGAAGCUUGUGGUCGAAUUGGAGAAACAAGAUCUGCUGGCUCCAAAUCAAUUGGAUUUACUCGAAAACUGCCUAAAGAGCAUCCACAGAAUAGACCUGAAGAGGAAGAUUCAGAAGUUCAAGCUGUCUGCUCAAGGAGGAGAUGCUAAAUAUAUGAAUGUUCUUUCGGCUUCUCUCCCAAAGCUGAGUCUUAAUGAUUCUGCACAUAACUUCAUGUUCCAGAAUGGGAAAAAUGAAGAAAAAAGAAUCACUGUGGAACAACAAGCAAUUCAAAGAGUACCAGUGAAGACAUCCAUUCAGGAAUCAGCAGCAUGUCAGAACGUGCCAGAAAAGAGAUACAGGAUGCAGAGCAAGCCCCUGGGAAUCUGCCUGAUCAUUGAUUGCCUCUGCAGUGAUACAGAGUUUCUUCGGUAUACCUUCAUUUCUCUGGGCUAUGAGGUCUGCCAUUUUGUCUGUCAAAAUGCACAACAGAUAAAGUAUACUCUUCAGAAAGUGGCCCGGAUGCCUCAACACCGAGACUGUGACAGUUUUGUGUGUGUCCUGGUGAGCCGAGGAGACUUCCAGUAUGUGUUUGGCAAGGAUGAGACUUCCUCGGGGUUACCUUUGGAUCAGAUCAAGAGGAUCUUCAUGGCAGAUGCCUGCCCAUCCCUCCUAGGGAAGCCGAAGAUCUUUUUUAUUCAGAACUACCUGGUGUCACAGGGCCACCACGUAAACAGCAGCUCCCCAGAAGUGGAUGGACCAUCAGUGAGAGUUGUGGACGCCAGGGCCCAGCACUCCGACAUGGUUCACCGAGAAGCUGACUUCUUCUGGAGCGUGUGCAGGGCAGAUGUGUCUUUGCUGAAGCAGCCCUCCAGCUCACGGUCGCAGUACCUGCUGUGCCUCUCCCAGAAGCUGCGGGGCGAAAAAAAAUGCCUCAUUGAUCUUCAUAUUGAUCUCAACCAAACCAUGUAUCUCUGGAACAGCAGAGUGUCUGAAAAGGAGAAGUACCUUGUUUAUCUGCAGCACACACUAAGAAAGAAACUCAUUCUCUCUUCCACAUGAAAGACUGAAGGCCUCACUUGUUUCAAUAAUACAAGUUCUGCUUGUCUAACUGAGUGCUAGAUUCCUAAGCGUUGCUUAAUUGUCAGAUUACUGAAGAGUGCCAGCAGGAUUUUUUUUUUUUUUGGGUCACACCCAGAGAUGCACAGGGGUUACUUCUGGCUCUGCACUCAGGAAUUACCCCUGUCGGUGCUCAGAGGACCAUAUGGGAUGCUGGGAAUCGAACCCGGGUUGGCCGAAUAUAAGGCAAAUGCCCUACCUGCUACGAUAUUGCUCCAGCCCCUGCCAGCGGGAUUUUAACGUAGUACUCAUGAAACAGAGCCUGUAUUGAUGAUUGCAGAUGGAAGCUAUGAAAUCACAUGAGAGGGAUCUUAAUGGCCUGGCAGCCUGGGCCCCUUUCUCUGGCAUGUGUGGGCUAGGUAGCAAGUGUUCCCAUGGACUGACUCUGCUUCCUAUUAUCCAGGAUAGCACUGGACUUUUGGGGUGAAAGCACACCACUUUUGCCAUUGUGCCUUAGAAUGCCACAUAAUAAAUCUUUGAUUCAUAAAAAUACUGUAGUUAUACUAUGUUGCAUUUUAGUUUUAAUGUAUUUUAUAUAUUUGGAAAGCAAGUAAAAAUGAUACACUGAUGA